GUUCCUAAAACACACUUUCCAAAAACAUUGAAGCAGAGUCAAUAAAAUGGUUUCAAUAUUGAAUAACAUAGGGAUGAUGGUCACCUUCAACAGACCAUCAUUUACUUGUUUUUUCACACUCCGUCACUCUACAUCUGCUUCUGCCAUGAACAUUAUUACUCCUAUUUCCACCACAAGGCGUUCAGGGAAUUACGAGCCUACCAUAUGGGAUUUUCAAUUUAUUCACUCCCUGCACAAUCCUUAUGCGGGAGACAAGUAUAUGAAGCGUUUUAACAAACUAAAGAAGGAAGUAAAUAAAAAUUUGAUGAUGAUGAUGGUUGAAGGAUCACAAGAGUUAGAGAAGUUGGAGUUGAUUGAUAAUUUAGAGAGGCUUGGAGUGAGCUACCACUUUAAAGAUGAAAUUAUGCAAAUUUUGAGGAGCAUUAAUUACCAAAAUAUAACCCCAAGAGAUUCAUUAUAUACCACAGCUUUGAAAUUUAGACUAUUGAGACAACAUGGUUUUCAUAUCUCCCAAGAUAUAUUGAACGAUUUCAAAGACGAGAAUGGAAAUUUGAAGCAGAGUAUUUGUAAAGACACAAAAGGUUUGUUAGAAUUAUAUGAAGCAUCAUUUCUCUCUACAGAAACUGAAAUCACUCUGAAAAAUGCCACAAGAUUCACAGUGGCACAUCUAAAGAAUUAUGUUGACAAUCAUUCAUGUGGAAAUCAAGACGAUAAUAUAAUAGUGGAAUUAGUGGUCCAUGCUUUGGAACUUCCAAGACAUUGGAUGAUGCCAAGAUUAGAGACAGAGUGGUAUAUUAAAAUUUAUGGGAGAAUACCAAAUGCUAAUCCUCUUCUGCUCGAGCUUGCUAAAUUGGACUUCAACAUAGUUCAAGCAGCACACCAACAAGAUUUGAAAAUUCUGUCAAGGUGGUGGAAGAGCACAAGUUUGGCAGAGAAGUUGUCAUUUUCAAGAGAUAGACUGGUGGAAGACUUUUUCUGGUCAGUGGGAUUAGUAUUUGAGCCUCAACACAGCUUCUGUCGAAGAAUGGUGGCGAAAAACGUUGCUUUUAUAGUCGUCAUAGAUGACAUUUAUGAUGUUUAUGGCACUCUUGAUGAGUUGGAAAUCUUCACUCAUGCUGUUCAAAGAUGGGAUGUAAAAGCAAUGGAGCAGCUUCCGGACUAUAUGAAAAUAUGUUACCUUUCACUCUUCAACACUACCAAUGAAAUGGCCUAUCAUAUUCUCAAACAACAAGGGAUCAAUGUCCUGCCCUACCUCACAAAACAAUGGGCAGAUUUAUGCAAAGAAUACUUACAAGAAGCAAGAUGGUACCACAAUGGAUAUAAGCCAACACUAGAAGAGUACAUGAAUAAUGCAUUGAUUUCAAUUGCAACUCCUUUGGUAUUACUCCAUGCAUUCAUCUCUCUCAUCAAUCCAACUACCAAAGAGGCAUUGGAAUCCUUAAACAAAUAUCCAGAUAUAAUUCGUCGAUGUGCUAUAAUUAAUCGUUUCGUCGAUGAUUUGGCGACAUCAUCGGAUGAAUUGAAAAGAGGUGAUGUUCCCAAGUCGAUACAAUGUUGCAUGAAUGACAAGGGUAUUUCGGAAGAAGAGGCAAGAAAACACAUCAAUUUAUUGAUAAAGGAGAUGUGGGAAGUGAUGAACAAAGACCAAAUUAGUAAAGAAAUGCUAUUUUCUGAAGAAUUCAUUAGGAUUGUGUUAAAUUUUUCAAGAACAUCACACUGCAUGUACCAGCAUGGAGAUGGGCAUGGAAUUCAAAAUUCUCACAUUAAAAAUUAUAUUUCCAAAUUACUCUUUGAGCCUCUCAUUAUGUAAUCAAUUUCAUAGUGUCUUAACUAUUCAAUACCUAAAAAAGCAUAAAGCUCUGUUUUUCA